AUGACAGAUGAUCAUGAAGUGAGAGGACAUAUGCCCAAGUUUGAAGGAAAAUUGUCUUAUGAUUUGACCACCCUUGUAAAUCAUCUGCAAGCACCAUCAGUCGAGAUAGAUACUUUUAGUGGAAACUGCAUCGACUACUUCAUUACAACAUUCAGUGAAGUUGUCGAGACAAGGAUAUCAGAUUCUAGAGGUAGAUUAACCAGACUACUUAAGUACCUCAAAGACGAGGCUAAGGAACUAGUUGAGUCAUGUGUAUAUCUUCCACCUGAUAAAGGAUAUGAGAAAGCUAGACAACUGCUAGAAAAGAAUAAUGGAGACCAGUACCGAAUUAUGAGGAUUCCGGAAGUUUUACAGUUUUUUGAUGAAAUGCAAGUCAACAUUGAUGUCCCUUGCCAAAGUUACGAUAGUCCAGAGUUACUUCAAAGCCUUCAGUUGAUCUUGCCAUCCAACUUACAAGAGGGAUGGAAUAGGAAAAGCUAUCACAUUAGAAAGAAGCAGCAAGUCGAGGCGGGAUUUGAUAAUUUCAUAGACUUCAUGGAAGAAGAAAUGAUGCUUGUUAAUGAUCCAAACUUCUUUAAAAAUGCAUUGUUUGAGCUAAAAGAAGAUUCAUCUCAUUCCAAUCAGAAAAGAUUCGUGAAGACAUUGCUAACGAGCUCAAAGGGAAAACCAAAAUCAUGCCCUAAUGACGAUCACAUUGCUGUAAGUUGUCCAAAAAAACGAAAAUGCGAUGUGUGCGAUGAACCACAUCCUACUGGUCUACAUGGUUGCCGACAUAAAGACAAGCCUUCUGAUGGAAAUAAGCCGAUAGGUGUUAAUUACUCCAAACUAAAAAUAGAAGUAAUAAGUCUCAAUGUGGUUCCUGUAAAGAUAUCGCAUCCUUCGUCAACAGUAGAGAUAAUCACGAAAGCACUACUAGAUAACGGAAGCCAAGGAACGUUCGUUCACGAAAGCAUCUUGGAGGAGUUAAAUGAUUCGAGCAAUAGGCUUAAUUUACCCAGGGUGUUUAGCAGGAAAUUUCUACCUGUUGAUAAAGAAGAUAUUCCUACGCCAAAUAAAGUAGCAAAAUGGAGUUAUCUAAACAAGAUCCACAAGAACCUUCAACAAGAUGAAGAAAAAACAGAUAUAGGCAUAUUGAUAGGUGUCAAUUGUCCUGGAGCUCUCGAGCCUAUUGAGAUCAUUCCAAGUCAAGGAAAUGGACCUUAUGCCUUUUGUUCAGUGCUAGGAUGUGAAAAUAAAUUGGCUGGAGAACCUGAAAAACUUUCAUUGCAAGAUCGAAAAUUUCUAAAGCUGAUGGAUGAGAACGUAAAAUUGGUAGAUGGACAUUAUCAACUUCCGUUGCCAUUCAAUGAUCCUAUGUGUGUAUUUCCAACCAAUAAAAGUGAAGCCAUUAAACGAGCCAAUAGCCUAAAACGAAAGCUUCAACAGAAUCAGCGGAUGCAUGAUGACUAUUGCACAUUUAUGAAAACCAUCCUCGAUAAAGGAUAUGCACAGAGAGGAGAUCGUGCUUGUGAGAAGGGAAGAACUUGGUACUUGCCACACCAUGGGGUGUACCACCCAAGAAAGCCAAAUAAAAUCAGAGUUGUAUUCAAUUGUAGUGCUACAUAUGGUGGUGUAUCUCUUAACUCUCUUCUCUUAAAAGGUCCUGACUUGGCAAACCAAAUCGUUGGAGUUUUUACAAGAUUUAGAGAAGAGCAAGUGGCAGUUGCUGGUGACAUCGAGAGUAUGUUCUACCAAGUCAAAGUACCAGACAAUCAAAGAGACAUGCUACGCUUUGUUUGGUGGCCGGAAGGUAACCUUGAUGACGAAUUGCCAGAAUAUCAAAUGUGUGUACAUGUAUUUGGAGGCACACAUUGUCCAAGUACUUGCAAUUAUGCUUUAAGGAUAACUGCUCAUGACAACAUCGAUAAAUAUGGUAAAGAAGCUGCUUUAACCCUGCUAAGAAAUUUUUACGUCGACGAUAUGUUGAAAUCUUCAUCAAAUGCCUUGUCGACUGUACGCCUUAUUGAUAAACUUAAGGAAGUACUAGAAGGUAUUCCAACGGAAGAAAGGUCGAAAGAUGUCAAAGACCUAAAUUUCGAUGCUCAAACCUUCCCAAUCGAAAGAGGCCUUGGCGUCAGUUGGUGUGUUGAAACAGACUCGUUUUGCUUCCGAAUUGUGUUGAAGGACAAUCCACUGACCCGAAGAGGUAUUCUAUCAUCGAUUAGUUCUGUGUGUGACCCUUUUGGAUUCGGAGCCCCAUUUCUUUUACCAGCCAAGCAACUCCUACAACAACUUUGCAGAGAACGAAAGGAUUGGGAUGAUGACAUCUCUCAACAAAAACGAGCAAUAUGGGAACAAUGGAGGAAUUCUUUACCUCUGCUGAAAGAGAUAAGCAUACGACGUUGCAUUGUUCCAGAAUGUUUUGGUAAAGUUUGUGAUAUUUCACUUCACCAUUUCUCUGAUGCUUCCACAAGUGGGUAUGGACAAGUAUCGUAUCUUCAAUGA